AUGGACUUCUUGUCUAGAAUUCUCGCCACGGUGCUGGGCUUUCUCCGUUGCCUAUUUGUGGUGAUUUGGAUAGAGCCGUGGACCAAGAAACCUCGAUUGGAAACCAAGCCACCGUCGAAUUACGGAGACUGGUAUGAGUGGUGGUCUGAGUACGAUGCCAUACAUGGUGUAGUUGACUGGGCCGCGGUAGAUCGACAUCCUGCCUACGACUGGCACAUUCUGCGCGGGCUCAAACGUGACCUUGAACGAUGUCGUCAACUCGGAGACGAUUGGGGGCUAUGUAGUCAACUCCGUGCUCAGAGCUCUCGCAAUAUGUGUCGGAUAUUAUCCGCUGCUCUGUAUCGAAAAUCCCCGGUCCAGACCAAACGAUUGAUACACGACUACAUUAUCGAGCUACGCCAAUCCAUCGCUUACCUAGCUGACCGCAAUUCAACCAACAAUGGCAACAUUCCUGUCCCUGUGCAAGAAAAGAGACAGGUGUUACAUGAUAUGCGGAGGACUCUUGGUCGCACGAGCCUGCUACUUCAAGGCGGUGCCAUGGUUAGUAUGUCUCAUCUCGGCGUGGUCAAGGUGCUCCACGAGCAACGACUCCUCCCUCAGAUCAUCACCGGCACCGCAUCGGGGGCGCUGGUUGCCGCUCUUGUUUGCACUACCACUGACUUUGGCCUCCCAACAAUCUGUCGAGGCUCUGGCAUAAACCUCGAUGCGUUUGUACGUGCUCAACUACAACGUUCGACAAGUCGAUUGGGCUCUUGGUUUGGAUCAUCCUUCCUGGCCACUCUUCGCCGACGGUACAAACGAUAUCGAGCAACUAGGCACCUUUUUGACAUCGAUGUGCUGAGACAAUGUGCAAGAGACAAUCUGGGCGAUAUCACAUUUGAAGAGGCGUAUGAGAAAACCGGUAGAAUUCUGAACAUCAACAUCGCCAUGGCGGAGGUGGCUGGUACACCGCAACUCCUCAACUAUAUCACGGCACCGCAUGUACUUAUCUGGUCUGCAGUGGUGGCGUCGAUUGCGACUUCUAAGCAGAUGUAUGCCCCGGUGCGGUUGCUCUGCAAAAGUGAUACAGGAGCCGUUGUCACUUACUUUGCAGCGGACUUUUCGGCGAAUAAGACCAAACGGCAAGGCUCAGUUCAUCCCGAGAAACCGUUACAACGCAUAGGCGAGCUGUUCAAUGUCAAUCACUUCAUCGUGUCUCAGACAAGGCCUUACGUCGCGCCAUUCAUUCAACUACAGAAGUGGGCAGACUAUUACCAGCCACUUGGAAUCAUCGUACGACUCAUAUUGUCCGAACUUCUUCACUGGUUGGAGGUAUUUAGUCGAUUCGGGUUCCUGCCAAUAUUUCUUCAGCGUGUUUUGAUAGACGAAGUUGUUCCGAGCAUUGCAUCGUGGUCGAAGGUAUCGAUCACACCCAACUUAGGUGUACGUGACCUGAUCAGCCUUUUUGAUAACCCAACACCGGGAACAUUGGAACAAUGGAGUGUCAGAGGGGAGAAGAGCACAUGGCCAUUGAUUUGUGAAAUCAAGUGCAGAUGCGACGUCGAGUUUGAGUUGCAUGCUGCGUAUACCAGCCUUCGUCGAAGAGGCCUGAUAUCACCAUCUUCAUCAGAUUAG